CGAAACCCACAACAGUAAAAUCAGUCUGUAUAUGCAGUAAAGCAUGCUUGUUAUACUCACUGUGGAACCUAAGGGGUUAAUUCUUCGCAUUGUGUAAAAAGGCUGUUUGUUCCUCUCUUCUUGUCUCCUAAAUAUCUCCUGAUAGAAAAGAGGCUUGGGGGCAAGCUGCACAUGUUCAGUUUUGUGUGUAUUGCUAGAGAGUUUUUUUUUUUCCUUGAGAGUGCAUGUGAUCAGCACAGGGCCAAUCAGCACUGUCUAGACAGAGGUCAGGGGUCCUGCAGCCUCCUACAGGAG